GAUUCCACCCAACAAACCAGCAAUACCAAAUACAAUACAUUCUUCUCUAUCUAUAGUUCCUCCAUGGAUAUAGAAGAGAUGGAAGGAAAUAAUCAAGUGGAGGAACAUCAUGUCGACACUUCUCGUCCUUUUAGCUCUGUUAAAGAAGCUGUUGCCAUAUUUGGCCAACGGAUUAUGCUACCGGUACAAACUCAUACCAUGAACUCUAAAUCGGCAAGUCCUAUUGCUGCUAGUCGUAGCAUCAACCAGAACGCUAAACCAAGAAGCCCUGGACUCAGCCAGACCGUUAAAUUGGUAAUUCCUACUGCUAGUCCUAGCAUCAGCCAGACUGCUAAAUUGGUAAGUCCUAUUGCUAGUCCUAGCAUAAGCCAGACCGCUUCUUCAUCUUCUUCUCCAUGGAAGCAACGCUCCUUGUUGCCCCCUUCUCCUCAAGGUCCAAAAGAAGAGAUCAUGGAUGUGUUGAAGAAGCUUGAAGCCGAGAUAACGGAAACAAAGACAGAGGUGAAGAUGUUGAAGGAGAGAGAAUCAGAGACAGAGGUUGCUUUGGCUACUUUAAACGCAGAGCUACAUAAGAACAAGUCAAAGAUAGCGAAAGCCGAAGCUGAUGCUGCAGGGAAGAGCGCGGCAGCCAUGACGAAAUCAGUUAGCUUCAAGGACACAAAAGAGAAGGAAAAUGGAGAGGACCAGAGGAGGAAAGAGCUGAUGAGGAAGAUGCAGAAGGAGUAUCCUUCAUUGGCUCAGAUACUUGACAGUAACAAAGGAAACAGAGAUGGGUAUUUUGCGAACACUAAGAAGACGAAGAAGAAGAAGAAACCUAUCAUUCCUCUUGUGGGAGAUUUCUUCUUCUUCAAGAAGAAAGGUUCUUCGCCUGAAAUAUCUGGACCUCUUUACACUACCUCUUCCACCCUGCACUUUUAACUGAUAUACCCAAGAUCAUGUACCCUGCAAGUGUAUAUAUAUGUAUAUGUAUGUAUGCACAUCAAUAUUCGUAAUAUCUAUGUAUGUAUGUGUUUUCGUGUGAGUGUGUUUGUGUGUGAGCGUAUUCUUUAUUUGUUUGUCUCUUUCUCUCUUUGUUUGGAUUUUGAGUCCAAACCAUCAGCGUGUGUUCCCCCUCUACUGUAACAAUUACCUGUCAACUAUCAGAUUGUGAAUAUACAAUGUUACUCUACUAUUA